AUUGGUCAACGAAUUAAAUAUGGCUCCCUUUUCUUAGAGGUUAUCUCAAGUUAUUUGGUGUUUUGUUUUGUUUGAUAAGAUAAGAAGGAAGGAGGUGGAGGUGGAGGAUUACUGCGGCGUCAUAAGAUUGUCAUGCCUAGAUGAAAGAAUGAACCUACUCCUGUCGUGUGUAAUUGUGUUUACUUUUAGCCGUAUCUCACCGAACUUUGAAAGUCAGUGAAGUCCAAAUCCCUUUACAACUUCUUCUCUCGGUCUCGUUCAGCAAAACAAAAUAUUUUGUAUAUCAGUUACGUGUGAACUUACACCCUCCAACUGCAACAGCGUUUUCUGUAUGUUUCACCAGCAAUUGGCGCCUUAUCUACUACCGGGUUGAUAGUAUCAGGCUGGCCUUAAAUUCCUAAUUGCAGCAGCAGUUUAUGCUUCUAAUCACUGAGGAUUCUCGAAGUAUGAUCAUCGGUAACUCCUCAUCAUCCUGAAUCUUCCAUAGAGCAUAUAUUUUGAUGAACUGUUUUUACCGCAACAUGUGUUUGGUUUUUUCUAAUCUUCAGUAAAUUAUCUCUCCAGUGGUGAUUCUUGUCGGAGUAAUCAGGAAACUAUCCAAAAACCAUGGACAAUGGUACUUGGGCCAGAGAUGAAAACGAUGGAACCUUCAAAAGUGUCGGGGAGGUGCAACUUCGCAAGUAUGGACAUCUUUUGGAAGAGUAUGAGACUAAAUUGCAGGACGUUGAAGAGACUUUUUCGUUUUCAUUGAACUUUAGCAGCAUACCUGUCCCAUUGGAGAUCUCAGCUGAAGAAGAUACUGAUAUUGUCAGCUUAGUCGAUACAGAAAAUAGAAUUUUAAACAAGAUAGUUACAGUUUUUGCUACACUUUGCUCUGAGGUUCAGUUCUUACACGAGACUGCAAGGAAGGAUUUCAUCAAUUCCAUUUUAUUCUACGCAGAUGGAUGGGAUAGUGAAGUUCCAGAUGGGCGUAUUUUGAGAGUUAUUAGUCAGUUUUUACCAGUGUUGCAAGAUUUAUGGAAUUAUGUCAAGCACUGUGAACAAGUGGUACUGCAGAUUAUUACUCAACUAGGAGCUCUUCAUGACUUUCAAUGGGACACACCAGCAUUGUCUCCCUCGGCUGCUACUGGACAAAUUCAUCUUCAAGUUGUGUUUGAUGAGUUGGGUAAACUUUUGUUGGUUUUGGCCACCUUGGAUGAGGCCAUUGCAUCUCACCCUUUACUCGUUCAACAUUUUGUGUAUUACAAAUCUUCAGUUGCUGCGCAUUUAGCUUCAGCUUCAUCAAGCGUAAAAGUUGAUGUACAUAAACUGAAGAACUUGGACAGUGUCCUUAGUAACUUACAAAAUGAUAUCCUCUCCCGCCAGAUAUUCAAGAAUGUAUUGCAGCUGCCAUUCACUUCAAAUCUACCUGUGCAGAAAAACGGUAAACUGUGUAAUGAAUUCAAUUUGUACCUGAAAACAGCUGCACAAGACUUGGAAAGCAAGAGCCUGCAACAGAUGGACCACAAUCAGCUCCUGAAGUGGGCGAGGCUAUGUUGCGUUUGCGUCUUCAGUGUUCACUUGUUUGGGUCAACCGAUAAGAAAUUAUUGAAAGUUUUCUUUGACUUAUGCAAAAAAUUUCAUUCGGUCACUCUCUGUGGAAGUGUUGUUUGGUUCCCAGACCAGUUCUUGUUUGAGCAUCUCUCUGGACUGUCCAACACACUCGAUAGUAAAAUGUUAACAACUGUCACUAAUAACCGCAAAAAUUAUCUAGUAACCAGCUCUCAGAAUAUUAGCAAAGAAGUGCAGCUGUACACAAUGCAAGUUUUCAACUGGGCCCUGAGGAUGGAAGUACGCAUGUGUGAGGAUCUAAGCAAUGUCAAAUUGAAUGAAAUGAAGGAUAAAUAUGAUAUUUUGAUUGAAGGUUGUCACCUCUUAUGCCAGAUGAAGAGACUGGUUAGUGUCCUCACAAAUUUGCACGGAUCGCUUGGCAAACCAAUGACUAAAUCGUUGGUAUUAGGUAUUUGUAGACUUAUCGAAUUGAUGAAAGCUGUUGAACAUGUAUACGAAAGGCUCUCUACAAAUAUAGCAAAAUGUAUCAACCUUCUUUUCCAAUUUUUAUCAUAUCAAAUUCUUCGAUUCAUUCUCGUAGCCAAGAAAAAUCUAUUGCAAGACAAAAAAUUUAGUGAUAAGCAGGUCGACAUCCUCUCUUCCUUAGUUUUAGUCGAAAAGUUGCUCAGUGGGCCAGUAACAAAUAGUCGACUGCAAAUUAUAGCUAUUGCGUUGACAUUCACCAAUCGCAUUAAAACAUUCACCGAAGGAGAUUUUUUGACUCUUAAUAAUUUACUUUCCAAGCUGCAAGUCAUUUGUAAUCUCUCAAAGGAAGUCCAAGAUGGUGCUAACUGUGACUUUUUGUAUUGGCAAGUCAUUAUUCCUAUUUACUUUGAGCACAUCAGUAAAAAUGUACAGGAUUUUCAGCAUUUAAUGUAUAUUUUCAGAGCAUUAGAAAACACCGCUGAUGCUGUGGAUGGAUGUCUACAAAGAUCAUCUCCAUCGCCAAAUAACAGCUCUCUCGAUGCUGAUAUCUCUCAUUUUUUACGAAGUCAUCUAUUAAAUCCCCUGAAUCGUGAUGUUGAGACAAAUCUUCGAUUGCACUGUCACACUCAUCUUGAAGUAAGUCAAAGAACACUAGAUCCAACCAUAGUGAAUUAUACAAUAGCUCUAAGAAAUAACCCAGCCCACCUCAUCAAUAGAUUUUUUAAUAUUAAAGGAAACGUAGAGCAUUAUCUGAAUCAAACAUUUUAUGACUUAACCACAGUAGCCCUUCAUAAUUGGAGAACGUACGGAGAAAUGAGGGUAUUGGGGGAGCUUAAAUUUAAUCUGCAGACAGUCGAAGAUAAUUUACCGAGUCAGACAUUAGAACAAGGUCUUGAUGUGUUAGAAAUAAUGCGCAACAUUCAUAUUUUUGUCUCAAGAUAUUUGUACAACAUGAAUAACCAAAUUUUCAUAGAGGCCUCCAGUAAUAAUAAGCAUUUGAAUGCAAUAAAUAUCAGACAUAUUGCAAAUUCGAUCCGAACACAUGGAACUGGCAUCAUGAGCACAACCGUCAACUUCACUUAUCAAUUUUUACGAGAAAAAUUGAACGUGUUUUCUCAGUUUUUACACGAUGAACGCAUCAAGUCUAGACUAAUGAAGGACAUUCAGUAUUUUCGAGAAUUAAAAAAUCAAGACAACACUAAGUUUCCCUAUGACAGAGCAGAAAAGUUCAAUAAAGGCAUCCGGAAACUAGGUGUCACCUCAGAGGGUAGCUAUUUGGAUCAAUAUCGCAUCCUUGUUAGUCAAAUUGGAAAUGCAAUGGGUUAUGUACGAAUGAUACGCUCUGGAGGCCUCCAUUGCUGCUCGAACGCAAUUCAAUUUAUUCCAGACUUGGAUGAUAUCGUCAGUUUCGAGGAACUCAGCAUUCAAGAAUCCAUGUCACCAGCUUGCAUUGAAGCUGCCAAGUCUCUGGACCUGAUCAUUGGAAAAAUGACUCAAAGCCUUUUAGAUAGCACCGAUUACUUCAAAGCUUUAGUGGACGUUUUUUCUCCUGCUAUGCGAGACCCAAAAAAUAAGCAUCUACAAAAUUUUUACAUCAUCAUCCCUCCUCUGACGUUAAAUUUUAUCGAACACAUGAUAAAUGCCAAAGAAAAAAUGAAUAAAAAAAACAAAGUGGGUGCUGCAUUCACUGAUGAUGGCUUCGCAAUGGGCGUUGCGUAUUUAUUGAAAGUGCUGGAUCAGUAUCCAGAAUUUGACUCUUUAUAUUGGUUUCACUCUGUUCGAGACAAAUAUACGGCAGACAGGAAAAGUUUGGAGGAACAAAAAAUAUUUGCUUCCAAGGAUGAUGAGAAAUUACAACAGACCCUUAAUUUAACAUCAAAACGACUUGAAGCUUAUGAACAGGAAUUUGAACUUCUUUACUACAAUUUGAAUAGUGCCCGAAUAUUUUUCCACAGAAAUCAUUUUAUCUCUAAAUCGCACCUUGAAUCCACAUGAAAAUUAAAACGGAAGUUUGAAACUGACAGCCAUCAGCAGGGGCUGAGGAUUCUUGUGUGUGUGAAGGAUUUAAUCAAGCAGAACCAUGACAUCUUAUUGAGAGCUUACACUUAAAACUAGACUACGUUUUGCACUUAGGAACUAUUAUUUCUGGUUUAUAUUGCAAACAAUAUAUGUGUCAUUACUUUCCUCAUGCACAUAGGCGCUUUCAUGGAUGAGUCAGAAAUAAUUGUUCCUUAUUCCAAAAUGCAAUGCAACUGUUCAUCAGUGCCUGAAUUCACUAUUCCAAUGUCACACAUGUUCAUUUCCCAAGUAUUAUUUUUCUUUUUUCCUUUGUCUUAUUUGGUAGUUACAAAUCAGUCACAGUAAAGAAGACGAAUUUUAACCUGAGUUACUUUCGAAUAAGUAUAAAAUCUAUUAAUUUAAGUGUCAAAAAACAUUAAUAUCUUGGUUAAAAGCUACUUUCAAUUAUUUUUGUCUCUUGCAUUGUGUUCUAAUUGUUUGAUGAGAAAUAUUGUAUCAUUUUGCUUACACCUUGUCUAAUGGUCCAUCGUAAAAUAGCUGAUGCAAAGGGAACUCCCAAUCUCUCAUGCAAUGAAUAGAAGUAUAUAAUCAAUCCUUAAUAUUUUUUAACUAUGGAUUUUCCACAACUCAACUAAAGUCUUUUUAGAAAGUAUAUUACAGAAAGCAUAUCGCUCUACAAUACGAUAUAAUUCAAAAAAUGAAAUGGAUAAUUAGUAUAACAUGAAUAUGUAGAAUGUAGACUAAAUUUAGCAGAAAUGAAUCAAGUUUCUAGGUACAUCUCAAAACGGCGAUUCUUCUCUGAACAGUUAAAUCAUGCUAUAUUGUCUUGGAUUGUACCAAAAACUUGGUUCCUCUCUGCUAAACCCAGCUUAAAUAAUUAUUAUUUGGUUGGGAAAAAUUGGGAGCCUGAAGGCUAACAAUUGUAAAAUUAUGAAAAAACUGUGACUGUGAUAUUUAUUUUCUUUUGUAAGAAAUUUACUCGUCAAUAACUAUACAAUAAAUCUAUAUUCUCAUCAUCAA